GCCUCGCUUCAGUGCCCUGUGCCAGCUGGCUCUUUCGUCCGGGACGGAGGCGGAGGUUCGGGGCUCCUGUCGCUGACAGGGGGGAUUCCCCCCCAACCCCUCAGCCCUCUACCCACCCAAGAGGAGUCUCUCCUCCCAGCCUUGCCUCUGGCUGCCCUGGCAGGCGGUCGAGUUAGAAAUUGGCCCUGAUCACUGCGCCUGGGACUUAGAGCCCGCUCCCCCACCAAGAUCCUCCUCUCCGAGCUGGCCAGGACUCCCGGGGGGUCCCUUCAGCCUUUUGCCGGAGCCUGCACGGCUGGGCGGGCUUGAGAAGGAACAUGAAGGUUGGCUGGCCAGGUGAGAGCCGCUGGCACGUGGGCCUGACUGUGGAGGGCAGCCCCGCUCUGGGGGCACCACAGGUGGGAGGCCUUCCGGACGUGGUGCCGGAGGGGACGCUGCUCAACAUGGUGCUAAGGAGGAUGCACCGGCCCCGAAGCUGCUCCUACCAGUUGCUUCUCGAGCACCAGCGCCCCAGCCGCAUCCAGGGGCUUCGCUGGACGCCACUCACCAACAGCGAGGAGUCCCUGGAUUUCAGCGUGAGCCUGGAGCAGGCGUCCACAGAGCGGGUGCUCAGGGCUGGGAAGCAGCUGCAUCGGCAUCUCCUGGCCGCCUGCCCCAACCUCAUCCGAGACCGAAAGUACCACCUUAGACUCUAUCGGCAAUGCUGCUCAGGUCGGGAGCUGGUGGAUGGGAUCUUGGCCCUGGGGCUUGGGGUCCAUUCACGGAGCCAGGCUGUAGGAAUCUGCCAGGUCCUGCUCGAUGAAGGUGCCCUCUGCCAUGUCAAACACGACUGGACCUUCCAGGACCGAGAUACCCAGUUCUACCGUUUCCGGGGGCUGGAGCUGGAGCCUGCAGGAGUCCAUGAGCUGGAAGAGGAGUUGGUCGAGGCCAUGGCCCUGCUCUCUCAGCGGGGGCCCGAUGCUCUCCUCACUGUGGCACUUCGAAAGCCCCCAGGCCAGCGCACAGAUGAGGAGCUGGAGCUCAUCUUCGAGGAGCUGCUGCACAUCAAGGCCGUGGCCCGCCUCUCCAACUCGGUGAAGCGGGAACUGGCGGCGGUCCUGCUCUUUGAACCACACAGCAAGGCGGGGACUGUGUUGUUCAGCCAGGGGGACAAGGGUACCUCGUGGUACAUUAUCUGGAAGGGAUCUGUCAAUGUGGUGACCCAUGGCAAGGGCCUGGUGACCACACUGCACGAGGGAGAUGACUUUGGACAGCUGGCUCUGGUGAACGACGCACCCCGAGCAGCCACCAUCAUCCUGCGAGAAGACAACUGUCAUUUUCUCCGAGUGGACAAGCAGGACUUCAACCGUAUCAUCAAGGAUGUGGAAGCAAAGACCAUGAGGCUGGAAGAACAUGGCAAGGUGGUGUUGGUGCUGGAGAGAACCUCGCAGGGCGCUGGCUCUUCUUGCCCCCCAACCCCAGGCAGGAACCGGUAUACAGUGAUGUCUGGGACCCCGGAGAAGAUCCUAGAACUGCUGUUGGAGGCCAUGAGGCCUGAUUCCAGUGCUCAUGACCCAACAGAGACAUUCCUCAGUGAUUUCCUCCUGACUCACAGAGUCUUCAUGCCCAGCACCCAGUUCUGCGCGGCCCUCCUGCACCACUUCCAUGCGGAGCCCGCCGGAGGCAGUGAGCAGGAGCGUAACACCUACAUCUGCAACAAGAGACAGCAGAUCCUGCGGCUGGUCAGCCAGUGGGUGGCCCUGUAUGGCCCCAUGCUGCACACUGACCCUGUGGCCAGCAGCUUUCUCCAGAAACUCUCAGACCUGGUGAGCAGGGAUGCCCGGCUUAGCAACCUGCUUCGGGAGCAGUGGCCAGAGAGGCGGCGACACCACAGGUUGGAGAAUGGCUGUGGGAGUGCGUCUCCUCAGAUAAAGGCCCGGAACAUGCCUGUUUGGCUCCCUAGCCAGGAUGAGCCCUUCCCCAGCAGCAACUGUACCAUCCGAGUUGGGGACAAAGUCCCCUAUGACAUCUGCCGGCCAGACCACUCGGUGGUGACCCUACAGCUGCCUGUGACCGCGUCAGUGAGAGAGGUGAUGGCGGCGUUGGCCCAGGAGGAUGGCUGGACCAAGGGACAGGUGCUGGUGAAAGUCAACUCUGCAGGUGAUGCCAUUGGCCUGCAGCCAGAUGCCCGUGGUGUGGCCACAUCCCUGGGGCUCAACGAACGGCUCUUUGUUGUCAACCCACAGGAAGUGCAUAAGCUGACCCCACACCCUGAGCAGCUGGGGCCCACUGUGGGCUCUGCCGAGGGACUAGACCUGGUGAGCGCCAAGGACCUGGCAGGCCAGCUGACGGACCACGACUGGAACCUCUUCAACAGUAUCCACCAGGUGGAACUGAUCUACUAUGUGCUGGGCCCCCAGCACCUGCGGGACGUCACCACCGCCAACCUGGAGCGGUUCAUGCGCCGCUUCAACGAGCUGCAGUACUGGGUGGCCACGGAGCUGUGUCUCUGCCCCAUACCCGGCCCUCGGGCCCAGCUGCUCAGGAAGUUCAUCAAGCUGGCAGCCCACCUCAAGGAACAAAAGAACCUCAAUUCCUUCUUUGCGGUCAUGUUUGGCCUCAGCAACUCGGCCAUCAGCCGCCUGGCCCAAACCUGGGAGCGGCUGCCCCACAAAAUCCGGAAGCUGUACUCGGCCCUUGAGAGGCUGCUGGACCCCUCCUGGAACCACCGAGUGUACCGACUGGCCCUCACGAAGCUCUCCCCUCCCGUCAUCCCCUUCAUGCCCCUUCUCCUCAAAGACAUGACCUUUAUCCAUGAGGGGAACCACACCCUGGUGGAGAAUCUCAUCAACUUUGAGAAGAUGAGAAUGAUGGCCAGAGCCGUGCGGAUGCUGCACCACUGCCGAAGCCACAGCUACGUGCCUCUCUCACCACUCAGAAGCCGCGUCUCCCACCUCCACGAGGACGGCCAGCUGGCAAGGAUUUCCACGUCUCAAAGGAACCCCAAAGAGCCAGAGCCGGAGCCGGAGCCAUCCCUGGAGCUGGAGGAAGACGUGGAAGAGGCCCCGGCUAGCAACCGGUACUCGGCGCCCCACUCCUGCCACGGCCGCUGCCACGAAACCUUCGACAGGCACCACCCGUGCCACUGCAAUGCCCGCUGCCCCGAGUUUGGGAACUGCUGCAAGGAUUUUGAGAGCCAGUGUGGCCACGAGAGCUUCUCCCACCGCAGCGAUGCCAUAACUGAGAAGGAGCUGCAGGCCAUCUCGGAGACCAUCUACAGGGUGGACACCAACAAGGCCCGCAAGGAAGACAUCAUCCUCAACAGCCAGAAGAGCAUCUCGCCCUCGGAAACCAGAGACCAGGUGGACCACUGCCCGGAGCCGCUCUUUACACUAGUCAACGAGAAACUGUUCUCCAAGCCGACCUACGCGGCCUUCAUCAGCCUCCUCAACAACUACCAGCGGGCCACGGGCCGCGGGGAGCACUUCAGCGCCCAGCAGCUGGCCGAGCAGAACGAUUUCCUCAGGGAGGUCCUGAAGACGGCCGUCAUGAAGGAGCUGUACAGCUUCCUCCAGGGCCAGAACCGCUACAGCUCAGAACAAGAGUUUGCCGAUGACCUGAAGAACAUGUGGUUUGGGCUCUAUUCAAGAGGCAAUGAAGAAGGGGACUCAAGUGGCUUUGAACACGUCUUCUCAGGUGAAGUCAAAAAGGGCAAGGUCACUGGCUUCCAUAAUUGGAUCCGCUUCUACUUACAAGAGAAGGAGGGCCUGGUCGACUAUUACAGUUACAUCUAUGACGGGCCUUGGGAGUCUUACCCUGACGUGUUAGCCAUGCAGUUCAACUGGGAUGGCUACUACAAGGAAGUGGGCUCAGCUUUCAUCGGCAGCAGCCCUGAGUUUGAGUUUGCACUCUACUCCCUGUGCUUCAUCGCCAGGCCAGGCAAAACAUGCCGGUUAAGCCUGGGUGGACAUCCCUUGGCCAUCAAGACCUAUACCUGGGACAAGUCCACCUACGGAAAUGGCAAGAAGUACAUCGCCACAGCCUAUGUGGUGUCUUCUACCCGAUAGAGCUUGGAGCCAGAAAGGGGCCUGAGGGCAGUGAGAGCUCUUGCAGGCCCGAGGCGCUGUCUGCUCUGGGCUGGAGAGUGGAUGGAGGAGACCAGGAGGGAUUCCCAAAUCCAGACAUAUCCAAUGGGAAAGGGAAAAAAGACACAAAUUAGAAAAAUGCAGGGAAACAGUCAAAUCUUUGUCCUCCACCAUUUUGGAGUAGCACUCAGACAUAGAAGACAUAGCCCUCCAUAGCUCUUUGCCUUGACUGGAGCUGGAACUGUGAACAAGUCCUUGACCUCUCCAGGCUAACCCCUUUCCUCUUUUUGGGGUUGGUGAGAGGAACCUGAUGAAUUAUUACUGUGAAGGUGUUAUCUAUUGUUCUUAGGAAGAACAGCUGACAGAAAUUCAAGAUUACUAUAAUGGCUGUUAUUGUACACAGCCCUGCAACCUGCAUUUCAGCCCUAUGUUGGAGCCUCAGAGAUAUCAGGCCAUGGAAAUCAAGCAUGGGUAUCUGGUCUUUUCCAGGGCUACACCCUCUCACAGCAGGGGCUGGGAGAACGCAAACACUGGACGGAGAGGGUCAUGGUGGACACAGUGAGUGGGGAAGUGGACUUCUCCAGGCCUGAAGGCUUUUAUAGGCUCAGUAACUGCAUCAAGAAUAUUCCUGCUUGUUGACAUUUGUGCAAUUAUGGAGCUGCAUUUUGAUCCCGAAUAAUUUGUGAGAGUGCCCCCAUAGGAUGAUUUUGCAUCAGAAGAAAGGAGCCUAUAGCUUGGUGUCAUUAACAAUUAUUUUAACCAGCAGCUAUAAUUUGCAUAAACUCCAGAAGGGAAGACCAGGGCAACUGCAUUUCAAACUCAGUUAUGCAUUUGUCUCUUAACCCCACUGGGAACCAAACACUGUUUCACAGAGCCAGGCUUGAACUAUAGUUAAGAGCAGUGAUUUUCAAGAAGAAUUUCUAAAACAUGUAAUACCUAACUCUAGUCAGGAGUUAGGUAUUACACUGACUUCUUUUCCCUUAGAUUAAAAAAAAAAAAGCAGCCAA